ACACUGGAGAAGAAAAAACCGCUGCUCGCCUGAACAGCUUUAGCCCCUCGAUUUAUAAAAAUAAAAGCACGUUAUUGUGUCUGUCUCUGAGGAUUUAAAACCCUGAGCUGUGUGAAGACAUGAACACAGAGGUAUCCAAAGAUGGAGGGACGUCAGAAGUCCGUGUGAAGAAAGAGGAGACGCUAGAGCUGAAUAUCUCCAACCAUGGAGACGACCUCGACAACCCACCUGAAUGUCUUUCCAUUAACAUGGAAGAUCAUGACAAUAAAGACCACCUCUACUGUGAAGUUUGCAAAUCCUUCUUCUUCAACAAAUGUGAGGUUCAUGGACUGCCCCUCUUCAUCUCAGAUACUCCUGUUCCCAUGGGAGUCUCUGACCGAGCCAGACAAACUCUUCCUCCUGGGCUAGAAAUCAAGAAGUCCAGUAUUCCUGACGCAGGCCUGGGAGUGUUUAAUAAGGGGGAGACGAUUCCAGUAGGUGCACACUUUGGACCCUACCAGGGAGAGCUGGUAAACCGAGAGGAAGCCAGGAAAAGUGGAGACUUCUGGGUUAUAUACAGGAGCAUGCAGUGUGAAAAAUACAUCGACACCAGAAGAGAGAUGCAUGUGAAUUGGAUGAGGUAUGUGAAUUGUGCCCAUAAUAAUAAAGAACAGAAUCUUGUGGCAUUUCAGUAUCGAGGGGGAAUUCUGUAUCGUUGCUGUCGACCCAUUAACCCAGGACAGGAGCUCUUGGUGUGGUAUGAAGAGGAGGGCACCAAAGAACUCAGUCCUGCACCUACAGGAACAACCAGACAGAAAGAAGUAAAGAACACUUUGCUGCAAGUCUUUUCCUGCUCCACAUGUCCUCGUUCCUGUGCAUCUCAAAUUUACCUUGACCAGUGCAUCCAGAGAUGCCACGAUGAAGAGUCUGUGAGACUUCAGGAAUCAAGAGAGAUUAAAUAUGAACUUCAAAUCCCCUCCAAAUGCUCCAGUAGUCAGCCAACAUCAGCUGAUGCUUUCAGUUCUGACACUUCUCAUAAUGAUGUAGAGAAGGAAAUUCACCACAGCUCAGACUGUGGAAAAAGUUUUGGUCAUCAGAAUGCACUCAAAUGGAACCAGUGCAGUCACAAAGGAGUAAAGCCACAUGACUGCUCACAGUGUCGGAAGAGUUUUACUGAACAGAGUGCUCUCCAACGACACCAGCGCAUUCACACAGGAGAGAAGCCGCAUCACUGCUCACAGUGUGGAAAGAGUUUUACUCGUCAGAGUGGUCUCCAAACACACCAGCGCAUUCACACAGGAGAGAAGCCGUAUCACUGCUCACAGUGUGGGAAGAGUUUUACUCAUCAGAGUAAUCUCCAAACACACCAGCGCAUUCACACAGGAGAGAAGCCGUAUCACUGCUCACAGUGUGGGAAGAGUUUUACUCGUCAGAGUGAUCUCCAAAAACACCAGCGCAUUCACACAGGAGAGAAGCCGUAUCACUGCUCACAGUGUGGGAAGAGUUUUACUCAGCAGAGUGCUCUCCAAAAACACCAGCGCAUUCACACAGGAGAGAAGCCGUUUCACUGCUCACAGUGUGGGAAGAGUUUUACUCAGCAGAGUGCUCUCCAAAAACACCAGCGCAUUCACACAGGAGAGAAGCCGUAUCACUGCUCACAGUGUGGGAAGAGUUUUACUCAGCAGAGUGAUCUCCAAACACACCAGCGCAUUCACACAGGAGAGAAGCCAUAUCACUGCUCACAGUGUGGGAAGAGUUUUACUCAGCAGAGUGAUCUCCAAACACACCAGCGCAUUCACACAGGAGAGAAGCCGUAUCACUGCUCACAGUGUGGGAAGAGUUUUACUCAGCAGAGUGAUCUCCAAACACACCAGCGCAUUCACACAGGAGAGAAGCCGUAUCACUGCUCACAGUGUGGGAAGAGUUUUACUCAGCAGAGUGAUCUCCAAACACACCAGCGCAUUCACACAGGAGAGAAGCCGUAUCACUGCUCACAGUGUGGGAAGAGUUUUACUCAGCAGAGUGCUCUCCAAAAACACCAGCGCAUUCACACAGGAGAGAAGCCGUAUCACUGCUCACAGUGUGGGAAGAGUUUUACUCAGCAGAGUGCUCUCCAAAAACACCAGCGCAUUCACACAGGAGAGAAGCCGUUUCACUGCUCACAGUGUGGGAAGAGUUUUACUCAUCAGAGUGAUCUCCAAACACACCAGCGCAUUCACACAGGAGAGAAGCCGUAUCACUGCUCACAGUGUGGGAAGAGUUUUACUCAUCAGAGUGAUCUCCAACGACACCAGCGCAUUCACACAGGAGAGAAGCCGUAUCACUGUUCACAGUGUGGGAAGAGUUUUACUCAUCAGAGUGCUCUCCAACUACACCAGCGCAUUCACACAGGAGUGAAGCCAUAUCACUGCUCACAGUGUGAGAAGAGUUUUACUCAUCAGAGUGCUCUCCAAAAACACCAGCGCAUUCACACAGGAGAGAAGCCGCAUCACUGCUCACAGUGUGGGAAGAGUUUUACUCAGCAGAGUCAUCUCCAACUACACCAGCGCAUUCACACAGGAGUGAAGCCAUAUCACUGCUCACAGUGUGGGAAGAGUUUUACUCAGCAGAGUGCUCUCCAACUACACCAGCGCAUUCACACAGGAGAGAAGCCGUAUCACUGCUCACAGUGUGAGAAGAGUUUUACUCAUCAGAGUGCUCUCCAAAAACACCAGCGCAUUCACACAGGAGAGAAGCCGUUUCACUGCUCACAGUGUGGAAAGAGUUUUACUCAGCAGAUUCAUCUCCAACAACACCAGCGCAUUCACACAGGAGAGAAGCCGUUUCACUGCUCACAGUGUGGGAAGAGUUUUACUCGUCAGAGUCAUCUCCAACUACACCAGCGCAUUCACACAGGAGUGAAGCCAUAUCACUGCUUACAGUGUGAGAAGAGUUUUACUCAUCAGAGUGCUCUCCAAAAACACCAGCGCAUUCACACAGGAGAGAAGCCGUUUCACUGCUCACAGUGUGGAAAGAGUUUUACUCAGCAGAGUGCUCUCCAAACACACCAGCGCAUUCACACAGGAGAGAAGCCGUUUCACUGCUCACAGUGUGGAAAGAGUUUUACUCAGCAGAGUGCUCUCCAAAAACACCAGCGCAUUCACACAGGAGAGAAGCCGUAUCACUGCUCACAGUGUGGGAAGAGUUUUACUCGUCAGAGUGCUCUCCAACAACACCAGCGCAUUCACACAGGAGAGAAGCCGUAUCACUGCUCACAGUGUGGGAAGAGUUUUACUUAUUCAGGUACAUUUAAAACCCACAAGUGCAAUAACUCCGAGACAUUGCAUGCUUUAAAGUUGUCAAAUUAAAUGGUUUUUAUUCAUGCUUUUGCUGAAAAUGUCCUGUACUUUGAUCCUAAUUGUUCAUAUUAAAGGACUACAUAUUUUAAAACAAUCUUAGUGAUUUUUAAACAAGACUAUUAAUGUUUUCUUUUGAUCUUAUGUAGUUAUUAAGUAGUCAUUAAUUACCACCAUAUAAAUAAUGAUUCAACUGUAACACUUAUCAGUGUAGUACUGUAGCAUGAGCCUAAUUCUUCAUAGAAUUAUUACGGAGCAGGAGUUUAAUGUACUAUGUUUAACGGAAAUGUGGAUCAAACCAAAUGAGUAUGUCGCAUUUAAAUGAAGCUAUUUGCUUCAUUCUCAGCUUGUUAGGUUUUAUUCCUUUGUAGGAUAGAUUCUGUUCGGUUGAAAUGGCCUUUUGUCUCAGCUAGACAUUGUUUAAGAACAUUUUGCUUGUUUUGAUGUGGGAUGUUUAUUGUUGAUCAGAGAUGUGUCUGGAUAGCGCCAAGGUCUGCAAUGAUGUCAGACCCACUCUCACACACUCGCAGCUGCAUAGCCAACAUGUAUUUGGGAUUAAAAGUUAAAUUUAAAGCCAUGAUAUAAGUUAGUUUUAUAGCUAGGAUUGUGAUUUAAGAUUGGUAGAGUUAACCAGUUUCUUUAAUGUUGAAUCUGAAGUUGAAAUGAUUGAAUGUUGGAUUUAAUGUUAGAUUUAAAGCUGCAUUAAGUGAUUCAUGUUAGUUUUAUAGUUUUAAGUUAGUUUUAUAAUUACAGAAUAUAAUUUAGGAUUGUUAAGACUUUAUGAUUCUAAUGUUAAGACUUUGAGUUUAAUCCUGAAUCCUGUUUGACCUUCCUCCGGUGAAGUAGCAUUUCUUUGUUUUGCCAGACAUAUUCUUAUUUUUAUUAUGUUUCGUAUGACUUUCUUUGUUUAAGUUUAUUCUUAUUUUUGUUUACUUUCUUUUAACAUAUCUUUGUUUAAAAUUGUUAGACAUAUUCUUAUUUGUUAUUUUGCUUAUGAUUGUCUUACUACAUAUUGAUGAAAUCAAGAUGUAAUUUGCUGACUUAGCACAAGACACACAUUCAUGUGUUAAGAAUUUGAUUUUAAUAUUUUAGCUUUUCAUCCUUUAGCUUUUUAGAUCCUUUAAACUAUUUCUGUUUAACUUGGCAUUAAUUUCUGAUGUAUUUGACCUCCUUUGACUAGACUUCAUAGACUAGAUAUAUUAUCGGUGUUUAAAAAUUCCAUCACCAUCUUAAGUACAUAUUGCCCUAUGUUACGGUAGCAGCUAUUGAAUUUUUCCCAUUCCAGCUGCACGCCAUGCGACUGCCGUGCAGUUCCCAGCUGAACGCCAGGGCGCUGCCAUGGAUGGCUCAGACCCCCUCCCUCUCCUAUUUUAAUUCUAAACACGCCCAUUCAUUCGAUUCCACGGUGUCGCCAUUAGAUGGCGCUUCUCUCAUAAAAAAAAAACAUUACUUGAAAUGUUGUGUGAAGCUAUUGUACUGCACUUCAUUCUUUUUUUUAUGAUAUUAUGGAUUAAAAACAUUGAGAUGAUGAGCCAUCUGAAAGUCUUUUUUUGGGGGGUACAUCUUACCUUCUCCGAAUAAGUAAUGGUUACUAAGUGAUAUUAAUUACCUUUGAUAAGUAAUUAUCAGGUAUUACCUACUAGCAAACAAGAGAUAAUUUUCCCCAAUUUCAAUGAGAAAAUAGCUGUUGAAUAGAUACAUAAAUGUGAUGUAAAUUUUACCCAAUUUAAGUAUUUCAUAGCUUUUUAUUUGUUAUUUUAUACUCAAUAUAUGGAAUGAAAUCUACCCCAAACAAGUCAAUGCAAAUUGUUACCUCAGAUUUAUUGGGUAAAUUCUAUACCGUAGGUUUGGAGAGUGGUAAAUAUAAUCUAAGCAAACCAGAUAAAAUUUACUCGAUUAUUGCAGUCAGCCAAGGAAUAUUUAGGAAUUAUUGCAGUCAGCCAGGGAACUCUCGGACUGCCAUCUUCCUCUCUCCGGCUGUUAUGGUAGUUUAGUGAGCUACGGUAUACCGUAAAACAGGUUCAUUACUUGAAAUGUUGUGUGAAGCUGUUGUACUGCACUUUAUUUUGUGUUUUUUGAUCAUUUGGUGCAUCAUUGCUGCAUAUAAACAAGGCGGUUCAGUUAUUUGUUGUAUAAAUGCACCUGGACUGCAGAUUUGGUCAGUCCAGAAACAACAUUUGAAGCUGUUAGUUAGUGAGUUAUAAAACAGGUUCAUUACUUGAAAUGUUGUGUGAAGCUGUUGUACUGCACUUUAUUCUGUGUUGUUGUUUUUUUGAUGAUU